CCAAAAGUCCAAAAAUAAUUUUUUUUGUUAAAACCCUAAAAUUCUAAACUCUUGUUGUGUCUUCCCCCUUUAGUCCAACUUCUCCUCCGCUUUUGGCUAUCUUGUUGUUCAGCCUCCCCUACCCCCUAACACCCCCAACCCCACCUCGGCUUCUUCUCUUUCCUCAGUCAUACUUCUUCACUUCAGUGUACAGAAACAGUACUAUUCUUGAAAGAACAGAAUCACUACAGCAUUCUUGAAAAAAAACCCUUUUUUUCCUGAAGAAUAAUCCUCUGUUUUCAUGGAUUCUCAAGAAUCCCAAGCGGGUCACCACCAAAAUCAACACCAUCAUCAACCCCAACACCCCCAAUUUCAUCACCAUCAACAACAUGGCCAUCAUCCCAUGAUGAUGGCACGACCGCAACACCAUCAGCAUCACCAACACCAACAGCUUCAUCAACAACAGCAACACCACCACCAACAUCAACAACAGCAGCAGCAGCAGCAACAAGCCAACUCCUAUGUUGUACCCAACAAUGUUCCAACACAUAACAACAACAAUUCUGCAAUGAUGCAACAGCUUCAGCAGCAGCAACAAAAUUCUGGGUUUCCGUUUAAUUCUAUGCCAAAUACUGCUGCUGCGGUGGCGGCGCCCCAACCUAAUCUUGAUUACUCAGAUGCGUCAUCUCCUAGGGCUACUGGAUUCAGCAUUGAGCCUGCUAGGAAAAAAAGGGGCCGACCCAGAAAGUAUUCUCCCGAUGGUAACAUUGCUUUGGGUCUCUCGCCUACUCCUGUUACUCCGAUUUCAUCUGGGGUGCCCCCUACGGAUUCCGGAAGUGGUGGUGGUGGUGACACAGAGGGUCCUUCUUCCGAGAAUCCAUCGAAGAAGGCCCGAGGAAGGCCUCCUGGCUCUGGAAAGAAACAGCUAGAUGCUUUAGGUGCAGCUGGAGUUGGCUUUACACCCCAUGUGAUCACAGUGAAUGUUGGGGAGGACAUAGCUUCAAAGAUAAUGGCUUUCUCCCAGCAAGGACCACGUACUGUUUGUAUUCUAUCUGCAAAUGGAGCCAUCUGUAACGUCACCCUUCGCCAACCAGCAAUGGGGGGUGGCACUGUUAGUUACGAGGGCCGAUUCGAGAUCAUCUCAUUGACAGGUUCCUUCUUGCGGUCGGAAAGUAAUGGCAGCAGUGGACCAAGUGGUCUAAGUGUGUCACUGGCUGGGGCAGAUGGUAGAGUAUUGGGUGGUGGAGUUGCAGGAGUGCUUAUGGCUGCCACACCAGUGCAGGUAAUAGUAGGUAGCUUUCUUGCUGAAGGGAAAAAGCCAAAGUCUAAGACGCCAUCUUCGACACCACCAUCCAAUAUGUUGAGUUUUGGUGCUCCUGCCACAGGGGAGAGCCCUCCUUCUCAAGGUGAUGCCUCAAGUAACUCAUCUGAGGAAAAUGGCGACAGUCCUUUUCAACAUGAACCAGGACCUUAUGGUAACACUGGCCAACCAAUGCACGGUAUGUCGAUGUAGCGAAUAUGGGCUGGCCAAAAUCGCUGUGAAAACACUUUUCUUAGUCGACGUGACGUUGCCAAGGGUAUUUGACUUCCUCAUUCCCCUGCAACAGAGUUGGCAGUUGAUUCACAAUCCUAACAGGCAGAGUAUAGGUGUUUCUUGAUUUUUCAACUUGAGCUUAUUUCCCUGUCCCCUUCCCCCCCACCCCCGCUCCCUUUCCUGUCUGUAGUUGUGGUAAAAGGCAAUUGGCUGAUUUUACAGAACUCCAUUUUCAUGGUUUCUUUGGCACCAUGGUCUUUAGUAGUAUAUGUUAGGUGAUACUUGGUUGAGUAUUAUUUAUUUCCUGAUGGUCCAGAGUUUUAACUUUUAGGAAUUUUUAGAUGGUUAGAAAUUCUUCUAAAUGAAUGGAGUAUUUUCUUCA